AUGCCCAAGGCCAAGGACUUGGUGGGGACGAGCAGCUCAGAGAGCAGCCCGGAGGAAGAGGAGGAGGAGGAGGAAGAGGAGGAGGGCAAGAAAAGAAAGAAAGAGAUGGCUUCCAAGUCAGAGAAAAGGCAGAAAACAGAGGCCAAACCUUCAAGAGAGGCAGAAAAACCUUCAGGACAAGGCAGUGAAGAGGAGGAGGGCAUGUUCCAGAUUGGGAAGAUGCGCUAUGUCAGAGUGUCCUGCUUCAAGGGGAAGGUCCUCGUGGACGUCAGGGAGUUCUACACUGACAAGAAUGGUGAAAAGAAACCGGGGAGGAAAGGGAUUGCCCUGUCUGCUGAACAGUGGAACCAGCUGAAGGAGAUUAUUCCUGAGAUUGAUGCUGCAGUCAAGAAAUUAUAG